AUGGUCGGUGCAGCAGCUGCCGGAACAGUGGCCGGCAUCACGGCAGAUGCCUUCCUGGUGGCUAGGCCACGGGUGCCAAGGCCCCUGAGUCCAGGACAGCGCUUCGACUGGGCAGCGAUGCGAGUUCUUGACGCCAUGAGGGCCAUGGCUGGCUUCGACUUGGUCUUGGUUUUCUGGCCUGAGCAUGCCGGAGAGGUGUCGAUUUGGGUUGAACCCAUCUCUGUCGGAGAUGCUGCGCGGCUGGUCGUGGGAAAGAAGACGUCCGCAGAAGAUGCCUCGGUGAUGCUAUGUGGCUAUCCCAAAACCGGUCCCAUCAGAAACCGAUUUCAGCUGGAGGCAGUCAAUGAUGUAGCUACAAAACUCGCAGCUGCGGGUCACAGACUGAACGUACGCACGAACAUCAGCACAAAAGCCUGCUUUGAAGAGUUGUGCGAAGACUUCUCCGUUCAAGAGGUUUUUGCAUUCCGCGAGAUUUGUAGCGAAGAGCUGCGUAUCGAACGCCAGGUGAGGCAAGUCCUGGGUCGAAGCAGGGGCUCUCUCUCAACUUUCUGGGGUUUUGAGCUGUAUCACCACGACGAUCUGACCUUCGAUCCUCGAGCACCAAAGGGAGCCUUCAAUUCAUACACCGCUUUCAGGAAGCGAGUGGAAGAAGGGAGCUACGUUCGCCCCAGUCACAAGGAAGAUCCUGUGUUCUGCGGCACGGACUCUGUCGCCUGGAAGCGAGCCGAUGCCUUCCCAGAGCUGCCGCAGCUGAUGGGGGCUAUCUACGAUGCUGCAGCGGAUCCCGGUGAAAAGAAGGAUCCCCGUGCCGAACUGCGGUGGACGGGCGGUGAGACGGCAGCUUGGGCUCGGGUGCAAGAGUUUCUAUGGGAGGAGGACUCCUUGGGCCUAGACUACGUGGGAGCCACGAUGACCAUGGAUCCCUCAAAAAGUUGUAUGCGCGACAAGGCCAUGUCCAAGUUCUCCCCGUGGUUGGCCCACGGAUGCCUCUCGCCAAGACUGCUCUAUGAGGAAGUGAAGCGCUAUGAGAAGGAAAGGAGAAAGAAUAAGUCAACCUACUGGAUUGUGCAUGAACUCUUGUGGCGCGACUUUGUGCGAUUUGCAAGCAUCUAUGCAGGGACCUCAAUAUUUAAGAUUGGUGGCCCUCUGAAUGUGCGGCCUUCCUGGGCUUGGUCCUCCGAUCGGCAGAAGUUGACGGCAUGGACCAGCGGAAACACGGGGUUUCCUUUCAUUGACUGCUUCAUGCGCGAGCUGAAAACCACCGGCUACUGCAACCACAUGGGCAGAGAGACGGCAGGAUGGUUUUUGAUAGCUGAUCUCGGCCUGGACUGGCGGAUGGCCGCAGAGUGGUUUGAGUCUGUUCUCAUCGAUUACGAGCCCACGGCCAAUUGGUACAACUGGACCUACCGUUGCCUGCCCGCAGCUAGGCAGAAGCGCUCGCCCGGCGAGUGCUUGGGCUCGCUUGAGAUCCUGAAAUGGGGCACGCAGCACGAUCCAGAUGCGACGUACAUCAAGCGCUGGAUCCCGGAACUGCGGUCGUUGCCCUCCACGGUCGCACGGGAACCGUGGCGCUUGGGCCUGAACGGCGGGGGCCAAGUCUACGUUGGCAUGUCUUUAUGCAAGCUCGUUCCAAAGGGCCGCAAGGUUGACGUUCUCUUCAAUGCUUUGCUCGCCAUGGGUUUUGACGAGAAGGAUGCUGCUAUUGCCUUGUUUCGUACUUGGGAGGACCCUGAUGCAGCAGCUGCGCUGUUACUGUCUGAUGGAACCCACAGCAACGAGUCCGAGACUGCGGCACACGCAAAGGAUGUUCAGCAGGUGGAUGACUCCGAAGAUGAGGAACUGGCCCAUGCGUUGGCAUUGUCCAUGCAAGGGUCACAGACAGAACCCACCAAAGGGUCAAAGCCAUCAUUCGAAUAUGGCAAGGACUACCCCAAGCCAAUGAUUCAGCCUGUGUCGCUCAUGCACACGGAGCAGGCGGAAGAGGAAGCUCGUCAGCAGCAGUCGAAGCGGGACUCCCAAAUCGUCGCAGCAAAGCGACACAAGGGCAACUCUGGCCAGGCUGGACAGGUCUUCCGUAAGACAGAGUGGGAGCAAGCACGGCAGGAAUGGCCAGCAGAGACUCCUACAGGAGCGAAAGCGGGCUGGAGCGGCAAUCGCGGCGACUCUCGCAGGCAGAAUGGAUAUUCCAGCUGGCAGAGGCGAUCACGCAACGAAGAGCAGACAGAACCCGUUGACAAACACGUCGGCGGAAGUGGCUCUGUGGAAGAUCUGCACCGUGGAACCAUGCUGCCAUUCCUGAAAGGGAGAGCGAUGCCCAUCGAGGAUCUUGCUCAUCGACACGGUGCUGGCGGCGGCCCGCCAGGUCACGGGACCGGUGCAGCAGCUGGGGGUGUGUCCCCUGCGGCGGUUGAGCUCAUGGGGGCGGCCGUGGGCAAAAAGCCGACCCGGCUUGCCAAGAGUGAGCCCUACAUCAAGUGCAAGCUUGCCGCGAACGAAGCGUGGACUCAGGUGGCGCUGAAGGUCUCUGAACUUCCAGCCGGAACCCUUGGCGAACUGGAAAUCGACGAAGUUCUGAGCGCAAUCUGUGAUCCCGAUGACAACGGAGGCGAGUGGAUGACGCAUUAUGACAUCGUCCAGGAGUCGUCAAACAUCUUGACUCUGGAGAACAAGGGCGAGCUUGGAGAGUGCCGCCGAGAAUGCAAUACCAUGGCUCAUGCAUGCCGUGCAGUGUUCGAUGAACAUCGCGAAGACAUGACCGAGAUGUUGUACAAGAACUACAGACUUGCCAGUGAGAAGAAGCUGUCUGUGGAGAAGUUCGUCUCCCGAGUCUGCAACAAGCUCUCCAAGUCUUGUCCAAGCAAGCAGCCCCCGAAGGGAUUCCAGCAUCGCGACGAGGGAUGGAUGCCUAUCAUUGAUGCUGAUGGCUACAAGAUGAGAAAGAUGCAGCAUGCAUUGAACAAGCACGCCAAAUCCGGUGGUGGGCAGCCUGUCCAAUUCUUGGACCCAAUGG